AUGACCAGUGGCAUGAGUGUGAAUUUAGAGAGAGAUCCCCCGCCAGGUAUUAGCUGUUAUCCCAAAGAAGACAAAUUGACAGAUUUGGAAGCUUAUAUUAAAGGACCACCUGAUUCACCUUAUGAAAAAGGAUUAUUUAAACUCACUAUACAAAUACCACAAAAUUACCCAUUCGAUCCUCCACAAAUACGGUUUAUAACAUCUAUUUAUCAUCCUAACAUUGAUGAUGCAGGCAGAAUCUGUGCAGACAUUUUAAAAAAAGGCGAAAGGGGAGGUUGGAAGCCUGCCCUGAACUUGUCAACUACAUUAAUUCUUUUGAGUCAAUUAUUAGCUGAUCCUAAUCCUGAUGAUCCUCUUGAUGCUGACAUUGCUAAAGAAUUUCAACUUGAUUAUCCAACCUUUAAACAAAAAGCUAUAGAGUAUACCAAAAAAUAUGCAACAGAGGAAGCUGUGAUGUUAGAAGAGAAUACGUCUAUUGUAUAUGUUGUUUUAUAA